UUGUUUUUGUUUAGUCUGCGCUUUGACAUUUUACUUUUACUUCAACUUAAAUUCCCCAACAAUGUUGCCGCAGUUCAAGAUGGCAUCGUGCAUGAACUGUUUCAGACGAUGUUGUGAUGGAAAUGUUGGCGGUAGUUAUGUUCAAAUGAAAGAGCAACCAGCAGUUUUGCUUGAUACAUCUCAUAUGGGUCAAGAAGUUGUUAUUGUCAAAAAUGGACAUAGAGUAUGCGGUACUGGUGCCGCAUUAGCAACUGUUCCAAUUGUGCAAAAUAAAGCCUACUUUGAAAUGAAACUUCAACAAUCAGGUGUAUGGGGUGUUGGUUUAGCUACCAGACAUGCAGAUCUGAAUCGUGUUCCACUGGGUAGAGACAAAGAAUCUUGGGUUCUAACUAGUGAAGGAACUAUUGUACAUAAUGGAGAUAUUUUAUAUAAAUUAUCAGAAAUGCCCAUGGAAGGCGAUAUUGUGGGAGUUUCCUAUGAUCAUGUAGAAAUAAAUUUUUAUGUAAAUGGAAAAAAUUUAAUGUGUCCUGUCACUGGAGCUAAAGGCGAAGUGUUUCCUGUUCUGUAUGUUGAUGAUGGUGCUAUUUUAGAUGCCGCUUUCACUAAUUUCACCCAUCAGCCACCUCCAGGAUUUGACAGAAUAAUGGUUGAAAAGUCUUUAUUAUAGUGCCACCAUGUCCACAUUGAAAUACCAAGCAAAACCCCCCGGAGCUAUAUUUUUCCUACAAUCCAACAGUUCUCAGAUCCAAAAGACAUAUUUUAAAAACUGAUAUUAUUUUACCUUUCCCUGUUUUCAUUAAAAAUUCAGAUGGAUGGAAAACUUUAUGGUGCCAGGAAGUAUGUUGGUUUAGUAGUAGAAUAUUUUGAAUAUCUUUUACAAAAAGUUAUGUAUUAUUAAAUACACAUUUUGUAUAUUUUUAUUUUGUAUCCAGUAUCACCAUGUAAAUAUUGAAUUGUGUAUUUUGCAUACACAUUAUUUUAUUCCAGUGUAGAGAAUUUAUGAAAUUUGGACUGCAUUUCUUGUACAAUUAUUAUUGGCAUUUUAUAUUUUUUUAAUCUAACUGUAAAUCAUAAUUUAAAAAAUUUGGUGUUUCUAAGGUGAAUUGGGAGAAAUGUUUAAUUAGUUAUUUAUGCUUUCUCUUUCCAUUAAUGUACAAAUCAAUAUAAAGUGAGAAUUUGUAAGCCAGUGUUUGAAUAUUUUAGUUUAAAAUGCAUCUUGCCAUGACAUUUAUGUAUAUUAAAUGUAUAAACUUCCCUGUAUUUAGAUAUUAUGAAAUGUUACCAAGUAUCUGUUCAUUUAUAAUAAAACUUUUAAAAUCUAA